AUGGAAGCAUACGAUGGGUCUUAUUUUAUUGAAGAAACUGCCACAGUGAAUGGGAUAUCACCCCAUACAUGUGUUCAACCAGUUAACGAAGAAUCAGAUACAUCAGACUCGGAUGACCUUCACUUUAAUCUUUCGAAUUGGUCACUUGAACUCUUGGCACCUCUCGGAAUACUCUCCGACAGUAAACAAGUCAAUUCGGAUUCACCGGAGGAGUCUUUGCUACCGGUGUCGGACCUUGGGGAAAUGUUGAGCUCGAAAAACAGUUUCCAUGGCGGAGAAGAGACUCCCGCUGAUAGUCUGCAUAGUAACUCACAGUCGCUUAAUACGGACCCAGGACAGGCAUGUGAUGGUACUUCCCUUAGAGAUAAAACAUUUAUAGAUAACCAAGACUGUAGUUAUAUUAGGAAACAAGUUGACGAUGACUGUAGCAAUUUUGCUAAAAUGGAAUAUUCUGAUUCUUCAGAAACAGUUUCAAAAGAAUCUACUAGGUUUUCUAAUACUAUUUCUAAAGAGGCAGAUUUUGAAAAUCCCGAUGACUCUAAAAAUGAAGAGAAGGAAGUUGAAUUUGACAAGGCUACAAAAGAAUCUAUUGAAGGCCCAUCUGGCACGAUUACAAGUGUUCCGAACGGUAAAUGUAAACACUGUAGUGAAAACCCCACUGAUAUGAUGGUUCAUAUGGCGUUGUGUCAUCCUCUUGAAGGACCGUACAAACCGUCAUUGAAACAGAAGAAAAAAAGAUCGGAUGGAGUCAAUAAAGGAACUUCCAAUGAGAAAUCUACGUCGAAAUGUCUUCAGCCCAUUACAGCAGUAUUGGAUAAAUCAUCGACCCUGUUGGACCUUCAGCUCCGCUGUAACCGUUCAAAUUGUUCCGAUAAUACUAAAAUAUUUGCCUUGUCCGGGAUAGUCUCGGACAGGAAUAAAACCACAACAGAAAAGUCGGUCUCGUCUUCCGAACUCGGAAACCCGCCAAGUAAGAAACUAAUCAUCCUGAUCGCGAAUAACCAAAGUAAUGCUAAUGGGGCAAUGACGUCGAAAAGAAAAGACCAACGUAAAAUGCAGACAAACUGUACAAGAAAAGGAAAAAUAGAUGAAAUUUCUGAGGGCUCCAACAGACACGGAAACUAUAUUAACAAGAUUUCAGAUGGAUCAAAUGGUUCUGACAAGGUUACAAAUGUCCCGAAGGGUAAAUGUGAGUAUUGUAGUGAAAUACCAAGUGAUAUGAGGGUUCAUGUGGCAAUCUGUCAUCCUCUUAAAGGACCUUAUAAACCACCACUGAAAAAGAAGAAAGCACUGGAUGGUACAGAGCUAGCGAAUUAUCGGUUCGGAUUAUGUCAUAUCUGUGGGAAAGGCUUUGAUAGACGUUUAUACCUUUGGAAACAUCUUAGUGUCCAUUCUGCGGAAAAACAGUUGACAUGUCAUCUGUGUGGAGAUUCAUUCCGCCAGGAAUCAGCCUUGCGACAACAUGUGAAUUUACAUAAAGCCACGAAGCAACACAGAUGUCCAAUCUGUGACCGAGGAUUUGAUGCACACAGAUAUAUGACCAGGCACGUGAAAAUUCAUGUAAAUGAGAAGCUUUUCGCCUGCAAUGUCUGUGCCAAUAAAGGAACUACCAAUGAGAAAUCAACGUCGAAAUGUCUUCAGCCCAUUACAGCAGUAUUGGAUAAAUCAUCGAACCUGUUGGACCUUCAGCUCCGCUGUAACCGUUCAAACUGUUCCGAUAAUACUAAAAUAUUUGCCCUGUCUGGGAUAGUCUCGGACAGGAACAAAACCACAACAGAAAAGUCGGUCUCGUCUUCCGAACUCGGAAACCCGCCAAGUAAGAAACUAAUCAUCCUGAUCGCGAAUAACCAAAGUAAUGCUAAUGGGGCAAUGACGUCGAAAAGAAAAGACCAACGUAAAAUGCAGACAAACUGUACAAGAAAAGGAAAAAUAGAUGAAAUUUCUGAGGGCUCCAACAGACACGGAAACUAUAUUAACAAGAUUUCAGAUGGAUCAAAUGGUUCUGACAAGGUUACAAAUGUCCCGAAGGGUAAAUGUGAGUAUUGUAGUGAAAUACCAAGUGAUAUGAGGGUUCAUGUGGCAAUCUGUCAUCCUCUUAAAGGACCUUAUAAACCACCACUGAAAAAGAGGAAAGCACUGGAUGGUACAGAGCUAGUGAAUAAUCUGUUCGGAUUAUGUCAUAUAUGUGGGAAAGGCUUUGAUAGACGUGUAUACCUUUGGAAACAUCUUAGUAUCCAUUCUGCGGAAAAACAUUUGACAUGUCAUCUGUGUGGAGAUUCAUUCCGCCAGGACUCAGCCUUGCGACAACAUGUGAAUUUACAUAAAGCCACGAAGCAACACAGAUGUCCAAUCUGUGACCGAGGAUUUGAUGCACACAGAUAUAUGACCAGGCACGUGAAAAUUCAUAUAAGUGAGAAGCUUUUCGCCUGCAAUGUCUGUGGUAAAAAAUUCAAAACAAAAGAACGGGCCGACGCUCACAUGAAAAGGCAUAUGCUUGUUAAGCCAUAUAAACGUAAACGUACGGAACCUGAAACAGAGUUCCCUUGUGAAAUUUGUCGGAAAAUAUACAAAAAUCAGGUAUGGUAUACUAAACACUUAGAAUCACACGAAAAGAGCAAAUCAAGUAACGGUAUCAAUGAUACAGAAACGGAACCUGUCAAACGAACGAAGACAAAAAAGCAGAACGUCUAG